AUGGCCUGCAUAAUACGGGGCCAGCGCGCCCUCCCAACCCAGAUCCAGCAUCUGAAUCGCCAAGUCCCCAUCUUACGCUACCUAUCAACCUCCCCUCAAUCUGGCAAACCAUCUCCGACCACCGUCACAGUUCCCCCGAAGACCGACCUCAACGCCCCAAUCAGCACUCUUCCCAUCGAGCUCAUCACUCCCCCUCCAGUCGCUGCCUCAGCAGGCCUCGCAGAUAAAUUGAAGCGCUAUGUCGAAUUCGGCCGCACAUACUUGACCUUCUACAAAACUGGCCUGAAGAACGUGUACAGGAAUUACCGCGCCUCACUUCCCCUACGAUCCCAACUAGGUCUACCAGCCUACAUCCCCAUAUCCCCACCUCGCAAUGUCUCCGACUCCGAACCCAGUUCCAAAUCCAAAUAUUCCCAACUUGGCCGCGGUCAAUUCCAACUCGUCCGUCGUUCUGCUCGCGACGUCCGCCGCAUGAUCCCUUUCACAUUAAUUCUGAUUGUGUGCGGGGAAUUCACACCACUGAUCAUACCAAUUUUCGGCUCAGCUAUUACGCCCGCGACAUGUCGGGUUCCGAGCCAGGUUGAGAAGGAGCGCGUGGGUGCUGCGAAGCGGAAAAUCGCUGCAUUGCGCUCCGCCGGACUCCCUGUCUCUGUAGAUGCGGAGCAGAUGGGUGUUUUGGGCAAGUUUGCGGAUCUGGCUUGGGUUGCGCAUGCUGAUGCGGCGGAGGUUCUUAGGGCUUGUGCUGUCUUUGGACUCGUGAAGAGUCAUGAUAAGACAGGUGGGUCGCUUCUUACGGGCUUGAUUUACCGUCCGCGACUGGUGCGGUAUGCUCAGUAUCUUGCUAUUGACGAUGCGAUGAUUCGGGCUGGAGGUGUAGCGGCGAUGAAUGCCACGGAGGUGCGCAUUGCGGUCGAAGAGCGCGGUGGUGUUGAUGUCUCGGGUGCUUUUGAUCGGAAGCAGGCUGAGAACCUGGAGCGACGCUGGUUAGAGCAGUGGCUUGCUGCCAGGAAGAAUGUACAAUAA